GCGGGAGUCCAGUAGGGAGCCUUCUUACCGGUUAAGAAACCCCUCGCAGCUGCUCGCGGAAGGAACGAGAUGGAUCGGGUGCAGCCUUCGGGGGAGAAUUAUGCCAAUCCUAGAACUUGCUUCUUCCAUGUUCUCUUCAAGGCUGCAGCUCUGGCUUUCUACGUACUCUCGGCGCUCUUUGUUAGUAGUUUUGUGAUCAUAUUUGUGGUCACCGUCUUCCUUGCGGCUCUCGAUUUCUGGGUCGUCAAGAAUGUCAGUGGUAGGAUUUUGGUUGGGCUGAGGUGGUGGAAUGAGAUUGAUGAGCAAGGAGAGAGCGUGUGGAAGUUCCAAUGCCUGGAUCAGGAGUCUCUUGCGCGUAUGAAUAAGAAGGAUUCGUGGCUUUUUUGGUGGACUCUUUAUCUCACGGCUGUUUCUUGGAUUUUCCUUGGGGUAUUCUCACUUAUAAGGUUUCAGGCAGAUUAUCUACUAGUUGUAGGAGUUUGUUUAAGCCUCAGCAUUGCAAAUAUUGUUGGCUUCACUAAAUGUCGUAAAGAUGCCAAGAAACAGAUCCAACAAUUUGCUACCAAGACUAUUGCAUCACAAUUCACAUCUUCAUUACAGUCGGCAUUCAGUGUUGUCUGAGAUGGGCAAAUGAAGAGAGGAUAUGGUGUAAAUUAAUAUCUGUGGUUUUUUACUUUUGGGAAGAAGCAAUUUCAUCUUCUUUUUCUCUUUGACUUUGUGGGAUGUCUUCCCACCCUAAAAGAAAAAAGAAAAACUUUGUAGACAUAAACAAACUUUCGUCUGUCUGUAUCUUAGUUUCCUGCAUUGUCUGAGGUAUUUUCUUUGUCGAGUCUGCAUUACAACUGUCUCCUUUGAGGAUGAAGGAAAAAUAUAUAUAUAUGAGAUUAUUAUAAUUUUGACUGGGAAA